AUGCUGCAGAGCCUCUUCAACAAGAUCUGGGAAGAGGAACGAGUGCCAGUGGAGUGGAAAGAGGGUAUCCUCAUCAAGCCUCCGAAGAAAGGUGACAUGGGGGAUUGUAGCAACUACAGAGGGAUUAUGCUCCUGUCAGUACCGGGGAAGGUCCUUAACAGAGUUCUUCUGGAGAGAAUGAAGGAGGCAGUAGACGACAGGCUCCGUGACCAGCAGGCGGGUUUCCGUAAGAACAGGUCUUGUGUUGACCAGAUAGCCACCCUGCGCAUUAUAGUGGAGCAGUCGCUGGAGUGGACUCCGGACUUUACCUUGUCCUUGAUGGGUAGGUCCAAGCCUGCAACCGUGCAUCAGGUGCUGGAUAGCCUGGGGGUCCUCUCCACAGCUGCCAAAAAAGCCCAGUCUACAUAG